AUGAAGCCCCGCGGGGGUUUCGCCGAUUUGGAGUCGCCGUCCGCUUCUCACGGCAAUAUAAAACCCAUCACUCGGCGCGGGACGGGAGAAAAGAGGGGCGCUCCCCCGCACCCCGAGACGUCGACCUCCCAGGGGGCUCUUCCCAAAGCAGGCGGAGAGCUGCUCUACCCCAUCCGCAGCGCCGCAGCCGUCCUCCUGCCGCAGCCCCGCACUUUCCUCCGCAGACGGGGCCAACCGCCCCCCGCGCACACCGCCCCGCCGAGAGCAGCUUCCCCGCGCUUCCAGGGAGCAGAAAUCCCUCCCACCGGCUGGGUCCGGCCCCGCGGCGAGGAGGGGGAGACCCUGCGGAACAGGAGCGGGAAUGAGUCGGCUGUGAAGGGUUUCUGGCCAGCUACCAAAAUUGCUAGAGCUCAGUGGCGUUGUCUUACCAGGAUCGAUCACUGGAACAACGAGAAGGAGCGUCUCGUUCUUAUCACGGAUUGGUCCCUCCUGGUCUGCAAAUACAACUUCAUCAGCCUGCAGUGCCAGCAUGUCACGAGGAUAGCCCUGAGCGCCGUUGAUACCAUCUCUGUAGGAGAGUUUGAGUUCCCACCCAAGUCUCUGAACAAACGAGAAGGUUUUGGUAUUCGAAUUCAGUGGGACAAGCAAAGUCGUGCCUCCUUCAUAAACAGAUGGAACCCGUGGUCCACAAACAUCCCAUACGUCACCUUCACCGAACACCCCAUGGCAGAUGCUGAUGAGAAGAUCGCGUCCCUCUGCCUGUUGGAAAACUUUAAAACUCAGCUAAUUCAAGCUGUGAAGAAAGCCCACAAGGAGUGUCCGUUGCCAGGAAGGGCUAACGGCGUGCUGGUGCUGGAGCGUCCUCUCCUGAUCGAGACCUACCUGGGACUGAUGUCCUUCAUCAACAACGAGGCCAAGCUUGGCUACUCCAUGACAAGAGGCAAAAUCGGAUUUUAAAUUUUGUUGCAUUUAACCUUUUCAA